CGCCGCCGCAUAAAGUCGAACAAGCCUAUUCAGUGCAACCAGCCUGAUCACUAAUCACGAAUUAAUUGUCACGUGACAAUGAUGCAUUUUACGCGGUCCGUCGAUAAAGUUGAGCAUCACAUCAACAUAUCAAGACGUCCACUGUGCCAGGGCCGUGGAUGGAUUGGAGCUGAUGUUGGAGCCGAGUGGCGAAAGAGUGGAAGCGACACUCGGGUGGUGAAUUGAAGGGAACCAGGUGGCGGUGCAGGCAGCCAGACGACCUUUCUCCAUGAGGAGCAGUGGAAGAUGCCGGCUCUGCCAGCGCUGCUGCUGUCGAUUCACCUCCUUUUCCUCUUCCACUUACUGCUGACCAUGGCCCCAUCAUCUCACAGUCAGACACCUGCUCUCGCCGCAGUCAGAAUGGCUGCUAUUUUGGACGAUCAGUCAGCGUGUGGACGUGGAGAACGUUUGGCAUUGGCUCUGGCCCGAGAGAACAUCAACAGUGUGAUGGAGGGUCCGGCCCAAACUCGCGUGGAGGUCGAUAUCUUUGAGCUGCAGAGGGACUCGCAGUACGAGACUACCGACACAAUGUGUCAGAUUUUGCCGAAGGGCGUGGUCUCUGUGAUUGGCCCCGCCUCCAGUCCUGCUUCUGCAUCUACUGUCAGUCAUAUAUGUGGGGAAAAAGAGAUCCCUCACAUCAAGAUUGGUCCUGAGGAGACCCCACGCCUGCCAUAUCUGCGCUUUGCCUCGGUGACGCUGUAUCCUAGCAACGAGGACUUGAGCUUGGCCAUCGGUGCCAUACUGCGUUCUUUCAGUUAUCCGACGGCCAGCCUGAUCUGUGCCAAAGCAGAGUGCCUGCUGCGAUUGGAGGAGCUUGUGCGUCACUUCCUCAUCUCCCGGGAAACGCUCUCAGUGAGGAUGCUGGAGGAAAACUUGGAUCCCACCCCUCUGCUGAAGGAAAUACGUGACGACAAAGUUGCGACUAUUAUCAUUGACGCUAAUGCAUCAUUGUCAAUACUAAUACUGAAGAAGGCUUCAGAAUUAGGAAUGACAUCAGCAUUCUACAAGUACAUCCUUACCACAAUGGAUUUUCCUCUAUUAAGGUUGGAUGAUGUGGUAGAUGAUCAGUCGAAUAUCGUUGGCUUCUCCAUGUUGAACAUCAGUCAUCCUUUCUACCUAGAGUUCAUCAGGAGUCUGAACCUGUCGUGGAGAGAAGGCUGUGACCUCAGCCCUUACCCUGGCCCGGCGUUGUCGUCAGCGCUGAUGUUCGACGCGGUGCACGUGGUGGUCGGCGCGGUACGAGAACUGAACCGCAGUCAGGAGAUCGGAGUAAAACCACUCAGCUGCACCUCCUCGCUCAUCUGGCAGCACGGCACCAGUUUAAUGAACUACCUGCGCAUGGUAGAAUAUGAUGGCCUGACAGGUCACAUUGAGUUUAACAGCAAAGGCCAGCGCACCAACUACACCCUACGUAUUCUGGAGAAAUUCAAGGGGGGUCACAAAGAGAUUGGCAUCUGGUACUCUAACAACACACUGGCUAUGAACUCCACAUCUUUAGACAUCAACACGUCUGAAACUUUAGCCAACAAGACGCUUAUCGUCACCACAAUACUGGAAAAUCCAUACGUGAUGCGCAAGGCAAACUACCAGGAAUUCCAGGGGAACGAUCAGUACGAAGGUUUCUGUGUGGACAUGCUGCGGGAACUGGCGGAUAUAUUGAAGUUUUCUUUCCGGAUCAAGCUGGUGGAUGACGGGCUGUACGGAGCUCCGGAACCUAACGGGUCAUGGACCGGCAUGGUGGGAGAACUCAUCAACCGGAAAGCAGAUCUGGCAGUCGCUGGGUUUACUAUUACAUCAGAGAGGGAGAAAGUCAUAGAUUUCUCCAAACCUUUUAUGAACCUGGGCAUCAGUAUCCUGUACCGUGUUCACAUAGGCAGGAAGCCAGGUUAUUUCUCCUUCUUGGAUCCCUUUUCGCCAGCUGUCUGGCUCUUUAUGCUUUUAGCCUAUCUGGCCGUUAGCUGUAUACUUUUCCUGGCAGCCAGGCUGAGUCCAUAUGAGUGGUAUAACCCUUUCCCAUGCUGGCGGGACCGCAAGGACCUUCUGGAGAACCAGUACACACUAGGGAACAGUCUGUGGUUUCCUAUUGGUGGUUUUAUGCAGCAAGGUUCAGAGAUCAUGCCAAGGGCUCUGUCCACACGAUGUGUCAGUGGAGUUUGGUGGGCUUUCACACUGAUCAUCAUAUCCUCCUACACGGCGAAUCUCGCAGCGUUUCUGACGGUUCAGAGGAUGGAGGUGCCCAUCGAAUCUGCUGACGACUUAGCGGAUCAGACCAACAUCCAGUACGGCACUAUUCAAGGAGGAAGCACUAUGACCUUCUUCAUGAACUCACGCUACCAGACGUACCAGCGCAUGUGGAAUUACAUGUACUCCAAGCAGCCCAGCGUGUUCGUGAAGAGCACGGAGGAGGGCAUAGCGCGGGUUGUAAACUCCAAAUAUGCCUUUCUUUUGGAGAGCACUAUGAACGAGUACCACCGUCGCCUCAACUGCAACCUCACGCAGAUCGGAGGCCUAUUGGACACCAAGGGCUACGGCAUUGGAAUGCCUUUGGGUUCUCCAUACAGAGAUGAGAUCACGUUAGGUGUUUUACAUAUGCAGGAGAACAACAGAUUAGAGAUCCUGAAACGUCGAUGGUGGGAGGGGGGCAAAUGUCCAAAGGAGGAAGACCAUCGAGCGAAAGGUCUGGGUAUGGAGAACAUCGGGGGAAUCUUUGUGGUGCUGAUAUGUGGGCUCAUAAUAGCUGUUUUUGUGGCCAUUAUGGAGUUUGUGUGGUCCACGCGCCGCUCGGCCGAGACAGAUGAGGUACGCCCUCACCCCUGCAGCGCCCGAAACCACAGACACACCAGAGUGUCAGUGUGUCAGGAGAUGAUGACAGAAUUCCGGAAUGUAAUUUCCUGUAAAAAGAACUCUCGUUUGCGUCGCCGUCGACCGCUCUCGUGCCAGGGCGUCCUCCGUCACCCGGCCCGUCUCCCGUUAGGAGCACCCAGACCCGUACGUCUCGUACGAGAUAUGCGUUCUAGCAAUGGCAAACUAUACAGCGGGACAGGGUCAUUAACCACAGCCCCAUCUGUACCCAGCGGGGGCCCUGCAGAAUUGGGCCCGGGCCCUCAGCGACUCCUGGAGGACCCUCUCGGGGCCAACAUCUCCAACGCCGCACCGGCUCUUAUUCCAGCUCCGGCACCCCGCGGCUGCACGCACGUGCGAGUGUGCCAGGAGUGCCGUCGGAUCCAGAGCCUUCGUUCCACGUCCGCUUGCUCGCGCAUCUCACCGUUGGCCACAGCCACCUCCUCCCUUCCACGCCUGCCCCCACCACCCUCCACAUCCAAUACAAACACCGACAGCGAAGGAGGUGGCUCUGUAAGCCCCCGCAGGCCCAAACCCACACCCCCUCCUAGGCCGAUACCGCCCGCUAAAACGCCCUCCACAGAUCUGCUCUGCAAGCAGGACUGAGGAAGAGGGAACAUUUGUGGAGAAUAUGUGUGAGGACGGACACGCUUUAAGCAGAGACUCUAAAAUAGCUCCGCCGACACCUCCAGUCAAAGUGACCUCUGGGAUACUAAAGAAAUAUGGGCCAUUUUGGCGGCACGUCAGACUGAAAUUAUAUUAAUGGAAGCCGAGUGCGAGGAAUUGGAUGGUUCAGCCAACCGCUUCCUUUCCAAGUGUCCAGUUUAACACUACGUCAUGCAAUGGCACAGGGGAGCCAGUGAGGUUUGGUUGAGACGCAUAUCUCAUGAAAGAAUGCUAUGCAACAUGUCAUGAAAGGAUAAACUGGAGAAGACAUGACAGUUUAAUUUUACAUGGUUUUACCGGAGAGGACGUGAUCACCGCCACUCCUUUAUAAUUUGGGGGAUUACGCUCCUGGGAAGACAAUAGAGUCAUUACCUGAAAAUGUGUUCACAAAGAACUGAAAUGACUACUGUGCAAGUUCAUUUUCUUUCUUUAAUAGUGAAUUGAAGGAGGAUGUAAAGCUUCCCUUUAUAAUUACUUUAAUUCCUAAAGAUCACUUCUGCUUCAUUUCUAGCUUUUCAAUUUAUUUAAUUCUUAAAUUCUUUUAAACGUAAUAUCUGUUUGUCCUCCUGCCCGUGUCUCUGAAGGCAUUUCACAUUUUUCUGUUUUGAGGUGAAAUGUUAUGGAAGGGUUUUUCCUAAAAAACACUAACUGGCAAAAGUCUAUUCCCAAUCCAUUCACGUCCAUACUAUGACACAUAGUGAAAUUAUUCAUGAAUGAAUGAUGAAUUGAUUGGGAUGUAAAGUUGGAAUUUUAAUUUCAGAUGUUGCAGUGCACGCACUUCCGAUGAGGCUUUUUGACUGGGACAGCGAAGGUCAAGUUCACCCUAAAAAAAAACAUGUAUGCAUUUGACAGAUGCUUUAAUCCAUCCUACCUAUCCUGUAUCCAAAUGGUAAAGCCGGUUGUCGUAAACGUCAUUUACACUGUCAGAUUACUUCAUUCGCUAGAUUUAAGAAAGACUAAAUUUGGAUGCCUUAACUAGCUAGUGACGUCAAUCUGCGUGACCUGGAUGAUGUCAUAUAAAGAAGCAUUGUUUCGACUGUAAUUCAAUUGAAAUGAGGAAUGAGUGACUAUUUUUUCCUUUUAAAAAUAGCAUACAUUUUUACUUCACUUGAACAAGAUUUGCAACUCGAAGCAGAUUGCAAAAUAUAAGAACGAGAGAACGGCGAGACAAAAAAUCUUUUGUGCACCUGAAAGGCUGUUUGACGAUGUCAUCGGGCAAUAGGCUUUAUGCCCAGCUGCACUACUUCCUGAACCUCAGCCAGCUCCUUGUUUCCUGUCUGCCAUUAUUGGACAAACUGAUUAAUCCA